GGCAGCACCGGUCAUUUCGUUGUCAUUUUUUGGGGGGUUGCUUUGUCGGUUUAUCAGUUCCAAGCACGUAGUGGUUUUUAUCACACAAGCCAUUAGUAUCAAAGUAACCAUUCCUUUGCGUAUUAGGAGGACUUCUGUAAGUUCCAGGAAAUCAACAGGGUCGUCGCUGAAUACAUAUGAGCCUUUCUGAAAACAACUUGAACACCGAGGAAGUCAAGCAUGAUCUCGGUAUAAGUCAUCGACAGCUCGAAGAUAAAACAUCGAGAAAGGUCUUCAGUAGACGGAGGUAUCAAGGCAAUCAUACAGUGUGCCCAGAUGGCUACGAAGCGUCAAGAGCGGCCUUUGAAAAGGAAGCAGUAUGCAGGUUCUACCUUCACAGCGGGGCCUGUAGGUACGGCAGCGGGUGCCGUUAUUCACAUGCCACAACGAAUGCUGAAGCUUCCUACGUAGACCCCAAAGAAUCAGAAACACGAAAGCAAAGAGUCUUACCUGAUCCGAAACAUAAAUCGGAGAUAUGUCAGUUUUUCGCCAGGUUUGGACACUGUCGGUAUGGUCGGUCGUGUCGGUAUAUUCACAGUUACAGGAAAGCUGAACUCCCUGCGAAAACUAGGGUGAAAGAUGCACGAAAUUUGUGCGUUUCUCAAGAGGCUCCGGAGUGUAGUGAUCCUAGGGACCAAACAAAUGAUACCUCAGAGGGCAAAACUAAGGCAAUGGGGAAUGCGAAGCCUGAUGCUGAUGCAACGCCCACAGGAGCACCGUUACCAAAAAUCUCAGCAGAAGAAAGUCUGGAAGCUUUAAGGGACAGGGAGAUACAGCAGUUUGUUAAGCGCUACAGAAACUGCAAAAACGUUGAGAGCAACGAUGGAAGGCAAAGAUACAAUUUUAUCUUUCGCCCCACAGAUCCUGACUGGAGGUUUGACAUCAGAGAGCUCACUCUUAGCGUGACAUUUCCAAGCAGCUAUCCAAAAGAUUAUUUCACUUUGAACGUUUACGACGAUGAAGCUGUCUUGCCAUCUCUGCUCGUCAGGGAUUUGAACAAAGCAAUUGCCAAGUGGCUACAGGACAAACACGUUGCAAAUCGGGAAGCAAACCCAAACCAGCUAGUGAUGCGACCCUUUUUACGUUGGCUCGAUCGGAGCCUCGAGGACCUGUUUAUCGAAAGCCUCAGAAAGGUCAAAAGGAUUCAGCUUGCUGAAGAAGCAGGAAUCCAGUUUGUGCCACACGAACACCUCUCAUCGAAUAAUCAAGCCCCACCAAGUUCAGCCGUACCAGAGAUCUCGCCAAACGAAGACGAUACUGCACAGGAUCUCGGAAAUGAAAAUCGCCAUGCCAUUGAUAGUGCCAGCCAUGAUUCGGUAGAAGGUAAACCAGAUUAUCGGCAAAGUACCUCUCUUGAAGCCCAGAGUGCCGAUGCAGCAAACGGUAUGUCUACAAAAGACAAACACGAAUCAACAGAAAUAGGAGAAGUAGAUAGCUCAGUUAAGGACAAGAAUGAUCCGAAAAAUUCUCAACAGAGUUGCAGCAGCAAAGAAGACUCAGAAUGUGUCAACAGUAUACUGCCAAGCAUAGCCACAGAAAGUAAGAACCAAAGUAGCGCAGUCGGAAAGAUCGCCCAAGAGAAGCAAGUCGAGAAGAUCGCCAAGUCUCCUGCAGCAAAUGGCACGUCCCAAGCUAUUGUAACAAACCCAAAGCGAGGAACGGAGAUCAAGCUCCGCAGGCUCGAGAUGGGAGAGAAUGUUGGGACAUUGGAAUGUCAACAGAUAUCAAUACGUAUCCAGUGCACGCGCUGUAAAUACGGUACGGAAGUCACAACGCCAGCGCGACGUCGCAACGUCGUCACUUGCGGGAGGUGCAACAAAAAUGUCAGUGCGGUGUUCCGGUCAAACAUGAUGCACCAGUUUAACUCUGUGAUUGGAUAUAUGGACCUGACGGACUGCUCUGUCUUGGACCUGGUGCUUCCACAGUGUGUGUUUGAGGCUGCGUGUCUCGGAUGUGACAAGGAAAUGAAAAUUGAUGGUAUUCAUAUCGCGCAGCAAAAAGUAACGUGGUGUCAAUCGUGCAACAGCAAACUGACGUUGCUUUUGGAAUCUGUGAAGUUCCAGAAUCUACUGCCUGCCAAAUCUACAGAUGCAAAUGGCACAUUCAUAAUCAAGGCACCGAAGGCAGCCAAGAAGGUCAAAGACCCAGCAAUACAGGAAGGCAGACCAUUACCCGACGAUGGCACCUGCAAGCACUACAAAAAAAGCUAUCGCUGGCUGAGGUUUCCGUGCUGCGGCAAAGCGUACCCCUGUGAUGUGUGUCACGAAGAACACGAAGGUGAUCAUGAAAUGAAAUAUGCGACGAGAAUGAUCUGCGGGCAUUGUGCCAAAGAACAGCCAUUUUCGACAGACAAGCCAUGUAUCGGCUGCAGUGGUUACAUGACAAAAAAGGUGACUGCGCACUGGGAAGGCGGAAGAGGAUGCAGAGACAGGAUCAAGAUGAGCCGGGAUGACAACAAAAAGUACAGCGGAGUGGGCAAAACAAUCUCAAAGAAAGCUCAAGCCACAAAACCAACAGGGAAAAAGUGAUCGAUACACAGGACAUCUUCCUGCGAUCAUGUUUUUAUACUCUGUUGCAUAAUUUUAAAUAUCUAUUGUCAUAUUUGUAUUAAAAAUGGCAGCCCACAA